AGCUCCCGGGGCGCCGCCUCUCCUCCUCCUCCUCCUGCUGCUGCUGCUGCCAGGCUGCCCUCCCGGAGUCUGCCCAGCAGCGCGCUCCGUCCCUGCAGGCAGCUGGCUCUCGGGGCGCUCGCUCUCCGCCCGGCAGCCACAGAUCCGCGGAGGGCCUCACCUGGCAGCGACAGGAAGAGAAAUGAUGACCUAUCAGUCGACCUCAGGCACUCCGUGGACAUUCCAGGGAGCGAUGGACGAGAACAGACACGGUAAGGAGCAAGACGGAGCCGCUGAUUCUGGCGACAGCGCUGCUUGGCUGCUUGGUGAAGACGGAGAAUCGGAACUGAGGAUCAUCUUGGUUGGAAAGAGUGGAGGCGGGAAAAGUGCCACCGGAAACACCAUCCUCGGCCAGAAGGAGGCCUUUCAGUCCACACUAGCGGUGAAGACAACCACUCUGACCUGCCAGGGAGGGCGUGGGAGCUGGAAUGGCCAGGACGUUUCUGUGAUUGACACAGCAGACAUCUUUGAGUCCGAAUCCUGCAGUGACGAAUCCCUCAGGGAGAUCAAGCGCUGCAUUGACCUCUCCAGGCCAGGCCCACAUGCUCUGCUGCUAGUGACCCAGGUGGGUCGUUUCACCGCGGAAGAUGAAGCGGCCGCGAAGCACGUCCAGGAUGUGUUUGGGAGGGAGGCCGCCAGGCACAUGAUUGUCUUGUUCACCCGCAAAGAAGAUUUAGGGGAGGAGUCCUUGCAGCACUACGUAAGCUCAUCAAAUAACAAAGCUCUCUGGGAGCUGCUUCAGAAAUGCGGGAACCGCUUCUGCGCUUUCAAUAACAGGGCAGAAGGAGCAGAACGGGAGAGCCAAGUCUCUGAGCUGAUGACCAUGAUCCAGAAAAUGGUUCGGGAGAACGGCGGAAGAUACUACGUCAAUGAGCUGUACUUGGAGCCCAGUCUGACCAACACGAGGCUCAAAUUCUACCUGGCGGAAUAUAGAAGAGCCAGGAAAAGGGCAGAGGGCGCUUGGGUUUGGGAUAGAAAGAGACUAGUGCUUGCAGGAAUUGGAGGAAUUGUUGUGAUUGUGAUUGUCAUUAUCCUGGUACGUGAAUUAGUUUAGUGGCAGAGUGUCUAUUUUGCAUGCAGUAGGUCCCAGUUUCCAUCCCUGGCAGCGUCUCCCCGCAGGGCUGGGGAAGCCUCCUGCGUCUGAAACCCUGGAGAGCGUCUGCUGGUCAGUGUAGACUUACUCAGUAGACGGCACCUACCUGUAUAAUUUCCAUACAUCAUGUUUUCUUUCUCAAGCAACUUGAGCUUCCUAAAUGGUGCGUAUUUGUUCCUUUGAGGGUUGCAGUCAUGUACCCUUGGUUCACAGCGGGAGCAGCGUGUCCUGGAGCAAUACUGAUUUGGGGAUUUCCUCAUUCAGUGGAAGAUUCCUGGGAAUAUAAUCUGUAUCUAAGCCAUAACAGAUGAUACAAUCUAUUACUCUUUAUCUCAUCACGCUCUACUAGUUUCCAUUGGUGAUUAUCUUCUACAAUAUGUGCCUGUCUGGUUUCCCUUCUGUUGUAAAACUCCAGCAACUGGAAGCAAACCAAAGCUUGAGCUUGGGCAUUUUUAACCAGCAUUGCAAAACCUUCUAUUUUGGGGUGAUUUUUGCAGCUGGAGAGACUUUCAAGGCUGAGCUUGUAAAGACCUAGGAUUGGGUUUUUAAAUGCAGUCUGGUUUUCUGAUGAAAUACACUUUUAAAUUCUGUAACCUGUUGCAAACUUUAGGCAUGAGAUGGGCCAAAUAUUUCACACUGCUCUUUUGUUGUUGUUAAUUGAAACAAUUAAAUAUCUGCCAUUGCC